AACAAAGAACCUCUUCUUUCACCCCAUCAACAAGAAACGUUGAAACCAACCGCCGAAACAAGACCAAAAACCAGCCAUCAUCAAAAGACAUAAGAAUGGAAUCAUUUCCGUCAGAAGUUUUCUCAUCUUACUUCUAAAUGAGUUUAUCGUUUAUAUAUAAAAUCCAUACGAAGAUUUCAAAUUCAACAAUUCACCUAUAGUACUACCUAUUGCUAAAGAGGAAACGUCUCGAGAUUUUAAGAAAUAAUAACUCAUUCAGGGAAAUAUAUAACCAGGGGUUGCACGAAUGGAUACAAGGCCUAGAACUAGAGCUCGUCGGUCUUAUGCGGAUUUCGAACCUUCUUCGGAAUUAGUAGAGGAAAAGGGUUCAGAAACUCUCCUCAUCGAACUUACAGGAUUUACCAAGGAACAAGCAAGGGUGCAACUCGAGCCGACAGGUAACCUAAAGGUAAGCGGAGAAAGGCCACUUGGAGAUAACAAAUGGAGUCGUUUCGAAAAACAUUUUCAAGUUUCAUCAGAUUGCAAUACAGAUGAAAUCAGUGCUACGUUUGAGGAUGGAGUUCUUUUCAUUAUUAUGCCCAAGUUUAUAAGUAACACUUAUCAAUCAUCUGGAAUGCACGAACCAAAUCAUGAUCGACCAAUAUCACAAGAAAAACAUUCAGCAGAGACGGUACUUGAUCAGAGAACUAGGCAACGUUCAUCAUUGAAGAACCAAAAAGAGAAAAACAUGACAGGGCCGAAAUUCCCACAAAGAAAAGCAACAUUCUCAUCUACAUUAGAAACUCCACUGGGUCCAUUUGUAUACUCGAAACAGUCAAAGUUUGGUGAUGAAAAGAUAAAGCAUGGAUCAAAGUUGAAUACCAUAACUCGUCGUGCAGGUAGCUUGAUCCAAGACUGUAAGCAUACAUCUCUUGGGUCCAUGUUUGUGGUAGCCGUUCUAGUAGCAUUUGGGAUUUCUAUAAAAUAUGCACGCAGUUAGAAGGGAAAUAUAUUUGGUUUCAUGUAUGUCUAUACUUAAUUGUCGGGGUAUCGUUAAUACCUAAUACCAAAAGGAAAUGUACAUCUAAAUUAUGUUUCGUUUACUCUAGUAAACUGCUCGCAUAAAUCUAUUCCAUGAAUAAUUUUUUUUUUUUGCUCA